GCGCUGCUGCCGGCUCAGGUCAGUGUCGGAGCUGCUACAUGUGACAUUGACAUCAACAGAGGCAAGAUGAGGCUGACCGCUGUCCUGUCGAUGGCAGCCAGGGUGGUUAUACCCAAAGGCUACCGCUAUGGCACCAACAGACCGUGGACGGUGGCUGCUAAGAGGCGGAACCCUCCGGGGAUUAAGAGGAGAAAGGUGUUUGUGGAGCCGAUAGCACCAGAAGACUGGUCUGUGCUCAAAGGGGACACGGUCGAGAUUCUGUCCGGAAAAGACAAGGGGAAGCAAGGGAAAGUGAUCCAAGUCUUCAGACACAGAAACUGGGUUAUCCUGGAGGGACUGAACACGCAUUACAGGUUUAUUGGAAAAACUGAAGAUUAUCAUGGGACCUACAUUGCCAAUGAGGCUCCCCUCCUGGUCCGGGAUGUUGGACUCAUUGACCCCUCAGACAGGAAGCCCACUGAUGUGGAGUGGAAAUUCACCGAGGAGGGAGAGAGAGUCCGAGUGUCUGUGAGGACGGGUCGAAUCAUCCCGAAACCGAUUGUAGAGCGACGGGACGGCAUCGUGCCAGAGCAGUGGAAAGAUGGUCCUAAAGACACCAGUCCAGAAGACACCCUAGAAAAAACCUUCGUACCGUCACUAAAGACUCUGGAGGAAGAGGUGAUGGAGAAAAUGGGCAUCCAGGAGACCAGAAGGCAACGAAGGUCCUACUGGUACUGACCAGACAAAUCAGAGACAUUGUGCUGUCCAGCAUUCACAGGGACUCUGAAGACACCGUGUUUGGUCGGAGUCGAGUAGAAUGACGCGUUGAAAGGAGACUACGAGGACGACAUGAGUAAGAUUGGACUGUAAGAGUGCAACAUACAUAUUAUUAAGGAAAUGACGGCUUUGUAAAAACAUGAGGAGGUGAAACAGACCUGCUACUUUAUUGAUUCAUCAUUUACAGUGCUAUUAGAGUUUGAAUUAUGUUCUUGUCUGUACAAUUGUGAAUAAAUGUCACACAUAAACCAA